UCACAGCAAGAUAGCUUCCAUCGUGAAACGUUUCCUGUGCCAGUCCUGGGUGCAGCCCAACGGGGAGCGCGAGCGGGGAAUGCGAUUCAAUGAGAACCUGCAGAGCCUGCUGUGGAUCUAUCUGCAGUACACGGAUGUCCUGAAAGCGGUGGAAGACAUCUGCAGUGUCGGGGUGUCAGAGCUGACCAACACCACCAAAGAUGGACAUUCAUCCACCUACCCAACACUGAGCAGACAAACCUUCCUCGUGUAUUUCCGAGUCCUCAUGGACCGGCUGGAGAAGUAUGUGCGGAAUAUUCCGGUUGGGAAAAAGUCCGACAGCCUGCAGGUUCAGGCUGAACAUCUUGUACAAUGGAACUUGGCUGUACGCAAUUUUCACAUCCUGGUUAACCUGAUCAAGGUGUUUGACACGAGGCCGAUGCUGAGCAUUUGUCUAAAGUAUGGCCGCCUCUUCAUGGAGACGUUCCUCAAGGUGGGCAUGCCGCUCCUGGACUGCAGCUUUAAGAAACACAAGGACAUUGUACAAAACCUGCUGAAGAUCUUGCAGAUGUGCACCCGGCAGCUUCACCACAUGUGUGGUCACUCCAAGAUCCACCGCGAUGCCGGACUGACCACCCACGUCCCCCUCCUGAAGAAGACCCUGGAGAUGUUUGUGUACCGAGUGAAGGCCAUGCUGACCCUCAACCAUUGUCAGGAGGCGUUCUGGCUGGGGAACCUGAAGAACCGAGACCUGCAGGGUGAAGAGAUUUUGUCACAAACCGCACAGGAAAGUGAGACGGAGGAAGAGGAAUCGCAGCUUCCUGCUGAGGAACCCGAGGCUGGAGAGGUGCAGAGGAGAGCGAGGAGGAAGAGGAGGAGUCAGAUUAAUGUUUGCAGGAAGAGGAGGAGUCAGAUGAAUGCCCGCCUCUAUGUCCAGUCUAUGAGGAGGAUCCCGGCACGGUGUCCGUUCUGCACUGUACAGAUGUUCUGUUUCUUUACAGCGGCCAAUCACAGCCGACGUUUCAUGUUAUAA